AUGGACCACUCAACGUCUGAGUCCCACCCGAGAACAAAACGCCGGAAAAUCGCCGUUGCCUGUGACGAUUGUCGAGCAAGAAAAGUUCGAUGUGAUGGGAUACAACCGUUGUGUGGGCCAUGCAGCAAGAGGACCGACCAGGGGCUCCAAUGUGUCUAUACAGGGGAGUUAGAGAAAAAGCGAGCAAGGCAAACUUAUAUAUCCAGGCUAGAAUCUCGGAUCCAACAGCUUGAAAGCCCACAAAGCUCAGCGAAGGGUCAUGAAUCAGAAUGCACACCGACAAAUCUGCUAUCCCCGACGCCUGCAAAUAUCCAGCCUGAAACGCCUGCAAACUACACACGAAGCACCCACAGCCAGGGUGACACAUCCACACCCACAGGUCAGCGAGACGGGGUGAACGCGAUGAUGGGUGCUGUAGAGGAAGAACGCCCCAGUCAAGGCUUUUUUGGAAGCUCUAGCGCAGCAGGAUUCAUGCGUCAAAUAAGAACAGCAGUCGACAAGAGAGUCGCAUCACCCCACCGAAGAUCUUCGGUUCCCUAUCUAGCUGUUCCUUCAAGCCUGAUGCCAACGCGGAGCGAAAUACAUCACUCUUCGAUAGCAAACUAUGUGCUUCCCCCGCGAAAAAUGGCAGACAGCCUCAUGGAGGUUUACUGGGAAUGUGUUUUCCCGUUAUACCCGUUUCUCGUUCCCGCUGAAAUGAAAACCGAGUAUACGAAGAUAUGGACCGGUGAUAGCCUGAAGUAUGAUGAAAACAUGUUUUGUUGUACUCUGAACGUCAUCUUUGCCUUGGCAAGUCAGUUGGCCGAUUUUGUCCCGCCAAAAGAGCGAGAAGCGUCGGCAGAUGCGUUCUUCUCCCGCGCGAAAGGCCUGUUUCAAUUCAACCUCUGGGAUACUGGAUCAGCAUGUUUGAUUCAAUGCUUACUUCUCAUGGCCCAGUAUCUGCAAAGUACCGAUUCUGCACAUCAAUGCUGGAUUGUCACCGGACUCGCGAUCCGGAACGCUCAAAGUUUGGGACUCCAUCUUCCCCAAAACAUUGCCCGCCUUCAGAGUUUCCAAGAGCAACAGCUGGCGCGCAAACUAUGGCACGGUUGUAUUUUAAUGGAUCGGGUCAUAUCUAUGACAUUUGGUCGCCCUGCGAUGAUCUCAAAGGCUUCUAGUGGGGCGGUUCCCCUGCCAGCCGCCGUUGACGAUGAAUAUAUCCCAUCUGGGUCUAGCAAAGAGGCCUCCCAGCCUCCUGGUCAGCCUUCAAUGAUGGCAUUCUACGCUAAGUCAUUAGAACUUUACGAGAUCAUGAACGAUGUGCUUCUUAGCCUUUACAAACCAAUCUCGGACGAUAAUGCCGAAGAUAUCCAUAACUUCUAUUUCGAUAAUGUUGCAAGCGAGGGAGAGCGGACUAUCUUUGAGCUCGACCGCUCCCUCACUCGAUGGACACGAGGUCUUCUCCCACACUUGCGUUGGGAUUCCUCAACGGUAUCCACAAAUCCUAUAUUUUACCGGCAAAGCAUUGUCUUGCGUGCGAGAUUUCUACACGUGCGGAUGCUUUUGUUUCGGCCAACUCUCUCUAAAUACUGCGCUGUUCGAGAUAAUGCGACAACAGACCCAUUGGUCUCGACGAACGACUCCUUCCCCCAUCGUGUUGCGCUACAGUGCUCUAUCAUAUGUGUCAAAGCUGCCCAAGAGUCUAUCGAACUAAUCUACAAUAAUGUCCCUGCUGAUGGGACCGGUGGCCCUUUGCCAGCUUGGUGGUAUAAUAUCCUUUACGUUUAUACCUCUGCAACUGUCUUAAUUGCUGGCCGUCUGUGCUCUACGAUCCUUGCCGAGGUCACAGAAAGCUCUAUCGUGCAGUCUUGGAACUAUGCACUGGAGGUUCUUCGAAAAUAUCAAAGUUAUAGCACAUCCGCUCGUCGCUGUGUGGCUGCCCUCGAAAUCCUUUAUCAACAAGUUGCCUCUGAAGGUCUGCUGCCGACCAACCACGUGCCGAGUCAUGAGAUAGGGGCGAACGCAAACGCAGUGAAUGAUAUGUCCUUCGGCGAAGGAAUGAAUGCGGCGAUCUUGGAUAGCUUUGAGUUUCCAGAUUUCCAAGAUAUGUCCUGGUUGAAUAGUGUUCCGAGCAACCUUUUCUAG